GUUCACUUUGGUUGCAGGAAAAAGUAAAACGAAGGUUAUUAUAAUUGCAGUUUUAGGAGCUGUUAUAUUGAUCCUCACUUUGAGUUUGGUGGUGUUCGUUCUUCGGAGUCAGAAGAAGGGAUGUUGUUGGGGUUCUUCCCAAUUCUUUCCAGAUAACACUACCUCUGAUGAUCUCUCCUUGAAACAAGACCUUGAGCAUGAUAGUAAAUACUUUGGGAUUCAUGUCUUUUCUUACUCUGAGCUUGAAGAAGCUACAAACAGUUUUGAUUCUUCCAAAGAACUUGGAGAUGGAGGGUUUGGGACUGUUUAUUAUGGCAAACUUCGGGAUGGAAGGGAAGUCGCAGUGAAGCGUUUAUAUGAGCACAACAACAAGAGAAUGGAGCAGUUCAGAAAUGAGAUUGAGAUUCUGACCUGCCUUAGACACCCUAAUCUUGUAACCCUUUAUGGCUGCACAUCAAGACUCAGCCGUGAACUCCUCGUUUAUGAAUACAUCCCUAAUGGAACAGUUGCUGAUCACCUCCACGGAGAGAGAGUAAAAGAUGGAUCACUCACCUGGCCCAUCCGCAUGAGUAUUGCGGUGGAAGCAGCUGGUGCACUGGCUUACCUCCACGCUUCUGGCAUAAUACACCGAGAUGUGAAGACUUCAAACAUUCUUCUCGAUGAAAACUUUUGUGUCAAAGUUGCUGAUUUUGGGCUUUCAAGACAUUUUCCCAACAAUGUUUCACAUGUCUCCACUGCACCUCAAGGAACACCUGGGUAUGUCGACCCUGAGUACCAUGAGUUUUACCAACUCACUGAUAAAAGUGAUGUUUACAGUUUCGGAGUUGUCCUUAUUGAGCUCAUAUCAUCGAUGCCUGCUGUGGAUAUAAGUCGGCAUAGGCAUGAGAUCAACUUGUCAAACUUAGCCAUGAACAGGAUAAUCCGGCAUGCGUUUAAUGAGUUGAUUGAUCCAUUUCUAAGGUUUGAGACAGAUGCUGAAAUUUUGAGGAUGACUACUUCUGUGGCCGAGCUUGCUUUUCGAUGUUUGCAACCUGAGAAGGAUAUGCGGCCUACCAUGGAUGAUAUUCUGGAAACAUUGAAGGAAAUCCAAGGUAUUGAGUUGAAAAAUAAGUUGGAACUAGAGACCAGUAAUAAUAAUAAUAAUAAUAAUAAUAAUAAUAAUAAUAAUAAUAAUAAUAAUAAUAAUAAUAAUAAUAAUAAUAAUAAUAAUAAUAAUAAUAAUAAUAAUAAUAAUAAUACAUCAAGAAUUACAAAAGUCCCUUCUUCACAUGAACCGGAAGAUGUAGUCUUGCUGCAGAGGUUAAAAUUGCCAGUUUCCCCUAUUUCCGUGACUGCUAAUUGGAAUAGUAGCUCUACUAUAAAUAGUAACAGUGAGUGUUCUUUUUCAGAAAAUUGCCUUAAAUAGGACUAAAAACGUUUGUAUAUUCCAAAAUAGGAUUAUCAUGUUUUUAUUCUCUAAAUAAGAGUAAUUACCGUCAUGUUUUGGCAUUACCAGAUUUUAAACAUGGCAAUAUUUUUCAAGCUUGGCAGUAAUUACUCCUAUUUAGAGAAUAAAACAUGGCAAUCGUAUUUUGAAAUUCUCAAACAUCUGUACUCCUAUUUCUCAAACACCUGGCUUGUAUGAUCAAGCUGAUGGCACUUAUAUGCCGAUAAAUCACUCGCCCACUCACUUCAUACUUUAAAAAGUGGUCAGGUUGUUUUGUGCUUCAUUUGUAGUAUGUAUUGUUGCUUUAUACAGGUUAUGUAGAAUUGGAUUCAAGAACAAUUGUAUAGUGUUACAAAAUACAAAUGUAUAUGUAUAGGGAGGGCCUACCCUAAUAAAUCCCACAAGGUAAGUCAAUCAUACAAGACUGGACUAAAUACAAACAAUACAAUACAGGUUUAAGUGUUGUUUAUUGGUUGUAGAGUUAGAAGACAUGAAAUGUAGAGACAGAAGCAGCCCGUUUUAUCACUUCUAUUCUAAAUUCAGUAUGCAUGACUGCAGAAAC